UGGUGAGAGCACUCCCUGCCCUCCCUGCAUAUAAAUAUGAUGGAAAUAUGGUUUUCAAUGUAGUGAGUCAGAUUGGUCGCUGUGCGCUGGAGUUGGUAGCACACGUCUAACGCCAUAAUACAUCAGAGAGAUGAUCUGGAUCGUUCUCGUUCUGGUUCUGCUGUGUUUUCUCCUCACACACCGCUGGAGAUUCAACAGAGAGCCACCUCUGGACAGAGGAGUAAUCCCAUGGUUGGGUCAUGCACUUGAGUUUGGAAAAGAUGCAUCCAAGUUCAUUACCCGGAUGAAGUUGAAACAUGGCAACAUAUUCACUGUGCGUGCUGCGGGCCGCUAUGUGACCCUGCUGCUGGAUCCACACACUUACGACGAGGUCAUCAAUGAUCCGGAGUCGCUGGACUUCGGCCGCUACGCGCAGUUGCUCAUGGAGCGCGUUUUUAACCUGCGGCUCCCGCUUCACCAGCCAGAGAAGGCCAAGGCGAUGAUGAAAAGGCACUUUAGGGGAUCGAGUUUAUCAACGCUGAACAGCACUAUGUGGCGAAACCUGGAGACCCUGCUGAAAAACGAGAUGCCGCUCAACCAGAAGAACUGGAAGGAGGAGGGCUUGUUCCAACUGUCCUGCGGCCUGCUCUUUAAGGCGGGGUACCUGACGCUGUUUGGAGGAGAACAAAACAACAACAACGGCACAGAUCCCUCGAGAAUUUACAAGGAGUACAAGAAGUUUGAAGGCCUCGUAAGCAGUUUGGCGAGAGGGACCCUGGGGAAAGAGGAGCAGAGGGCAGCAGAGGGCGUUCAAAGACAGCUCUGGGAACUCCUGGCUCCAGCCGGUCUGAAGCAGGACUCCAGCUCAAGCCCUUGGCUCCACGCCUACAGACGGCUCCUACAGGAGGACGGAUUUGACGAGGAGACCCAGAGAAAGGCUGUGCUGAUGCAACUCUGGGCCACGCAGUCUAAUAUCGGCCCUGCUGCAUUUUGGCUUGUGGGCUAUUUGUUGACAAACCCUGAAGCCCUGAUGGCAGUGAAGAGGGAGUUCGGCCAGAUCUCCCAGAUGGAGGGUUCAGGGACUCCUCUCGUGGACAAAAACAUGAAGACCCCAAUGUUUGAUAGUGUCUUGGAAGAGACUCUUAGACUCACCGCUGCCCCCUUCAUUACAAGAGAGGUAGUGCGGGACAAGACCCUGCACAUGGCUGACGGCCGGGAUUACCUGCUGAGAAAGGGGGACAGGGUGUGUCUGUUCCCCUUCGUCAGCCCUCAGAUGGACCCAGAGAUCCACCCUGAACCACAGAAAUUCAAGUUUGACCGCUUCCUGAAUAAAGAUGGGUCGGUGAAGAAGGACUUUUACAAAGGAGGGAAGAAGCUGAAAUAUUACACCAUGCCGUGGGGGGCAGGGACCAAUGGUUGCGUGGGGAGGCAGUUUGCCAUCAGUACCAUCAGACAAUUUGUUUACAUGUUGCUGACCAACUACGAUCUGGAGCUGUGUGAGCCGAAUGCUCAGAUUCCAGAGAGAGAUACCAGCAGUUGUGGAUACGGGAUGCUGCAGCCUGAGGGAGACCUGCUUGUCAGAUAUAAACCAAGAGAAGCACAUGAACUUUUUUCCUCUAGACUGCGUCUUCCCGGCUCUCCAAGUGUCCAACUGAGCUCAGCGAAGAUGAUCAAAACCGGCUCACGGCUGACCAACACGCAGCCUCCGGACACCAUAGACAUCAUCCGGACCAAGACCCACUCCCGCCGUUUGAGACUUAAUGUUGGUGGGCUUCUCCACGAAGUCCUCUGGAGGACCCUGGAGAGGCUGCCCCGCACAAGGCUGGGCAAGCUGCGGGACUGCAACACGCACGAGUCCAUCAUGGAGAUAUGCGACGACUACAGCCUGGACAACAACGAGUAUUUUUUUGACCGGCACCCCGGCGCCUUCACCUCCAUCCUGAACUUCUACCGCACAGGGAAGCUGCACAUGAUGGAGGAGAUGUGCGCUCUCUCCUUCAGCCAGGAGCUGGACUUCUGGGGCAUCGACGAGAUCUACCUGGAGUCCUGCUGCCAGGCCCGGUAUCACCAGAAGAAAGAGCAGAUGAACGAGGAGCUGAAGAGGGAGGCCGAGAACAUGAGGGAGAGGGAGGGAGAGGAGUUCACCACCACAUGCUGCUCCGAGAAGAGGAAGAAGCUGUGGGACCUGCUGGAGAAGCCGAGCUCAUCGUUCGCUGCAAAGAUCCUUGCAAUCAUCUCGAUCCUCUUCAUUGUGCUGUCCACCAUUGCCUUGUCUCUGAACACCCUCCCGGAACUGCAGGACACCGACGAGUUUGGCCAGCCCACGGACAACCCACAGCUGGCCCACGUGGAAGCCGUUUGUAUCGCCUGGUUCACCAUGGAGUACCUGCUCCGAUUCCUUUCCUCCCCAAACAAAUGGAAGUUCUUCAAAGGUCCCCUCAACAUCAUCGACCUGUUGGCCAUACUGCCCUAUUAUGUCACCAUCUUCCUGACAGAGUCCAACAAGAGCGUGCUGCAGUUUCAGAAUGUCCGCCGGGUGGUUCAGAUAUUCCGGAUCAUGCGGAUCUUGCGAAUCCUGAAACUGGCCCGUCACUCCACAGGUCUUCAGUCUUUGGGCUUCACUCUCAGAAGGAGCUAUAACGAGCUGGGCCUGCUCAUCCUUUUUCUUGCCAUGGGGAUCAUGAUCUUCUCAAGUCUGGUGUUCUUUGCUGAGAAGGACGAAGAGGACACCAAGUUUAAAAGCAUCCCCGCUUCCUUCUGGUGGGCCACCAUUACUAUGACCACCGUAGGUUAUGGAGACAUUUACCCAAAAACUCUGCUGGGAAAGAUCGUUGGAGGUUUGUGUUGCAUUGCAGGGGUCUUGGUGAUAGCCUUACCCAUCCCUAUCAUCGUGAAUAACUUCUCUGAGUUCUACAAAGAGCAGAAGAGGCAGGAAAAAGCCAUCAAAAGGCGAGAGGCUCUGGAGAGGGCUAAGAGAAACGGUAGCAUUGUCUCUAUGAAUAUUAAGGACGCAUUUGGCCGUAGCGUGGAACUCAUGGACGUCAUGGUGGAGAAAACCGAUGAGAGGAAGGAGAAGCUGCAUGACAAUCACAUAUCUCCACACAGAGGAACACCCAAGAUAAAGUCACCGCUGAACCCCAGCAGCCCCAGCAAGACCAUUGAGUCAAGUUACCAAGAGAAGGAGAUACCAUCCAGCAGUCCUCAGCACCUCAGUGCACAGAAACUUGAGGAGAUAUACAACAAGAUGACAAAAGCACAGUCACAACUGAACGUCAACAGCAAGGAGAAAGCGGCACCUUCGAAAUCAGUCAGGCAGAGAGCUGAGUUUGAGAUGGGAAGUAUCCCCCCGAAAGCCAACUCAGGCACAGCGGAGGCCGUGACAGACGUGAGGAGUGUCUCCAGCGUUGACAGCUUUAUCAGCUGCGGUACAGACUUUCCCGAGAGCUCUCGGUUUUCACACAGCUCUGGCAGCAACAUGCCUGGAAGGGUCAGUACCAACCCCACUCUGGAGCCCACCAUGGAGAAUGAGCACGAGGGAUUGCAUGGCGCCACUAGCCCUGUGUCUAGCCAAAGCACCAAGCUCAAAAGCGACAGCCCAAGGGGUCCGCCUCUGAACAACCCGCUUAAGGGCCGCACACUUAAAUUCAGUGUCAGAGGCGGGGAGGACUCGGGCAAAGGAGGUCUUUCGGACAGCUCAUCCGUCCAGAGCCCAGAGACGUCUGUCUACACCACUGCCAGCAGCAGGACGCCCAGCAAGAGCCCCGAGAACUUACGGCCGAGCAUCUUCACGUUCCAUGACGCGUCUGUCAGCAAGUUCAUCGAUGCCGACACGGACGAGGAGGAGCACCUGCACGACAGUUCGACGGCCAACGUGACCCAAAGACUUUUGCAGAGGGCCAGCCCCAGGUUUGGUCCCCUCUCUGGCUUUCAGCAAGGUCCCAACCACAUGGAGGGCCUCUCAACAAAGCUGGGGAACAGCACCCUGCCGCUGGAGGGGCAGGAGAACCACGUUUCACCUGAGCUUCAGCCGCUUCAGCCGCUUCAGGAGGAGAAGCGUCAAUAUAACUCUUAG